CGGUUAUCAAACGCUCCAGGUUAGGUUAGGUUAGGCCCCUUGUCUACCUACAUAUUGAUCGUAUCGUAUGAAACUUGCGGUAUUGUCCCUUAUAUAUAACAAAUACCUACCGCCUCGAUCUUAGACUUUUGCUUAUUGAUGUGUGAAUGAAUAUUUCUUGUCUUUCAUCUUCGUCGUCGUUUUGUCAUACCUAGUAGCGAUAUUAUCUAAGAUUCUACGUACAUACAUACAUACCUACAUACCUACGUACCCAACAGGUACCUAACAAACAUGGCUCCCGGCAAACUCACGUUGCAUCACCUAAAAGACUCGCAAUCCCAACUAAUCCUCUGGCCCCUCGAAGAACUCGGGAUCGAGUACGAGCUCGUGACGCACCUCCGCGACGCCUCGGGCCGCGCGCCCGCGGCCCUGCGCGCCGUGCACGCGCUCGGCAAGGCGCCGACGCUCGUGACGCCGUCGGGGCGCGUGCUCAGCGAGCGCAGCGCCAUCACGCUGUGGCUCCUGCACCACUACGACGAGGAGGGGAGGCCGUUCCGGCUGCCGUCGUGCUCGUCGGACGCGGACGCGGAGCACCGCGACGACCUCGCGCGCGAGGAGCAGCUGAUGAGCGUCGGCAGCACGACGCUGCACACGCCGCUGCUGCUCAAGGCCGUGUUCGGGCGCAUGGCCAGGCAGGCGCCUUUCCUGCUGCGCUGGGUCGUCGUCGCGAUCGGGGGGAUGCUGGACAGCGCGUUUGUGGACGGCGAGAUCAGGCUGGUGAUGACGUAUCUGGACGGGGAGCUGGCGCUGCCGGAGAAGAAGGAGGGGGAGGGGGAGGGGGAGGGGAAGGAGCGCGAGUGGUUCAUGGGCACGAAAAACCCGACGAGGGUGGAUUUCUCGAUGAUGUGGUAUGUGGACUGGGCGGUGAGGUGCGGGUGGCUGGAUAUUGCGCAGUACCCGCGCGUGAAGGCGUGGCGGGAUAGGAUUCUGGAGAGGCCGGCGUGGAAGAGGAGUAUUGAGAAGACGGGCGGGUAUGAUCCUAAUCUUUAGGAAGGGUAGGGGAAAGGGGUGUUUAGGUCUAUCAUAGGUAUAUGGACUUCAAUAUUGUGUAAUACCACAUAUAUCGUGCAUCGUCCAAUCUGACCUUAUGGGUCUAUAGCCGGUGUGUGAUGCGGCUGACUGCAACGGCUCCCCGCAUACAGUCCAGUGGCUUUCUCCCGUUUCAUUCGGAAAUU